GCCAACUCAUGUGAUGCAUCCGUCUUAGGAGCUUGUAGCUUCCAUCUUCUCCAUCAUCAACAACUUUCUCAUAUCAAUCCCUUCAUCAAAUCUUUUAACGUAUUAAGGUACCCCACACCCAUGGUGCUACUAAUCUGUUGCGCAGAAUAGUAGAGCAUCGCCAUGGCUCGAAUAUCUAACCUCGUCGCCGGCGUUCUGCUGCUAGUCAGCACCGCCGCGGCAGGUGAGCUCUAUACGCCUAAACAUGAAGCUGGACGUUGCGCCAUACGAGGCCACUGUGGAAAGAAGAGUUUCUUCGGAAAACAGGUGCCCUGUGUUGAUAACGGACUAGCUACGACUCCCGACCCGGAGUUUUCCAAAGAAAUUGAAUCCCUAUGUGGUCCCAAAUGGAAAGACAGCAAGGUCUGCUGCAGUGCUGACCAGCUCCAAGCGCUCAAGUCCGAAAUGUCCACUCCAAACCAGAUUAUCGGCUCCUGUCCUGCGUGCAAGGACAACUUCUACAACUUGUUCUGCACCUUUACCUGUUCCCCUGACCAAUCCUUAUUUAUCAACGUGACCAAGACGCUCGAGAAGAACGGAAAAACUUUGACCGCCGAGGUGGACCACCUGGUGUCUGAAGAGUAUGGUCAAGGUUUCUAUGAUAGCUGUAAGGAGGUGAAGUUUGGCGCUUCGAAUUCCAAGGCUAUAGACUUCAUCGGCGGCGGCGCAAAGAACUACACCCAGUUAUUGAAGUUUCUGGGUGAUGAGAAGGCUAUUGGGUCGCCUUUCCAGAUCAACUUCCCCACCGAGUAUUCCGAGCCGAGCAUGGCACCGAGGGAGAUGAAACCGAAGAAGUGCAACGAUGAAGAUCCGAAUUUCCGAUGUUCGUGUGUCGAUUGCCCCGCCGUAUGUCCGGAACUUCCGGACGUGGAGCAAUCGGGAUCUUGUCGGGUCGGUGUCCUCCCCUGCUUGUCGUUUGCCUCGAUAUUCACUUAUGGUGUGCUACUAUUUACACUUAUCGCCGCACUGGUCGGUCACGUAGCUUGGAUGAAGCAUGCGCAGCGGCGAAGCGAACGUCUCCAUUUACUUCAAGCUGCUGAACCCAGCGACGAUGAAGAUGAGGGCGACCUUGUUCGUAACGGAGCCAUGUUGGAUCGGCCCCAGAGGAAUUACGCCAUCAACAGUUGGUGUGAUACCGCCUUUAGCAAGCUGGGUCAUCUUUGCGCAAGGUUCCCAGGCAUUACAAUAUUUAGCAGUCUACUAGUGGUCAUCGUCCUCAGUCUUGGCUGGAUCAGAUUCGCAGUAGAAAGGGAACCAGCAAGGUUAUGGGUCAGCCCAGACUCGGCGGCAGCUCAGGAGAAGGCAUUCUUCGACGAAAAUUUUGGAGCAUUCUACCGCGCACAGAAGGUUUUUGUAGUGAAUGACACUCAAGCAUCCGGCCCUGGACCAGUACUCAGCUAUGAGACAUUAACAUGGUGGUCAGAAGUUGAGGCAAGUGUCAAGCAACUCAAGGGCAAAGACUUUGGUACCACUUUUCAAGACGUGUGCUUAAAGCCGACUGGUCCUGCUUGUGUUGUGCAGUCCCCGACUAUCUAUUUCGACGGCACAAAGAAUUGGAAACCCCAAUUUAGAGAAUGUGCCGAGUCUCCUGUUAACUGCCGACCCGAUUUUGGACAGCCAAUAGAGCCAAAUAUGAUCGUAGGUGGCUACGAUGGCAUGGAGAAUAUUACCGAGGCGCGUGCCUUCACAGUGACUUGGGUUGUUAACAAUCACCCUGAGGGUAGCCCUGAACUUUCUCACGCUAUGGAUUGGGAACAGUCCUUGAAGAAUCGGCUCCUAGAAGCUCAAAAAGAAGCGGCGGAUCGCGGUUUACGCCUUUCCUUCUCUACGGAGGUCAGUUUGGAGGAAGAACUAAACAAAUCUACCAAUUCGGAUGCGACAAUCAUCGUUAUCAGUUAUCUCGUAAUGUUUUUAUACGCUUCCAUUGCCUUGGGUUCGAGCAGUAUGACUAUUCGCGAGCUGAUAAGGAACCCAGCUGUGGCCUUGGUCCAAAGCAAGUUCACGCUUGGCCUCGUUGGCAUCUUGAUUGUCUUGAUGUCUAUCACCUCUUCAAUUGGUCUAUUCUCAUGGGCGGGUGUUAAGGCCACACUCAUCAUCGCCGAAGUCAUCCCCUUCAUCGUCUUGGCUGUCGGAGUGGACAAUAUCUUCUUAAUUGUUCAUGAGUUCGAGCGUGUCAACAUAAGCCACCCAGACGCAAUGGUUGAAGAGAGGAUAGCCAGGGCACUUGGGCGGAUGGGCCCUUCCAUCCUCUUUUCGGGGAUUACAGAAACGGUCUCUUUUGCUCUCGGUGCGUUCGUUGGAAUGCCCGCUGUGCGAAACUUUGCCGUCUAUGCUGCAGGUGCGGUAUUCAUCAAUGCUUUACUCCAGAUGACGCUCUUUAUAUCUAUCUUGUCUUAUAACCAGAUGAGGACCGAAGAUAAUAGAGCAGAUUGCUUCCCUUGUGUUCAGGUCAAGGCAGCCCGCGUUCAUCUCAGCGGCAGGAACGGCUCCAACGGCCCUCGCCCGUACGAUGUACCGGACGAGAGCUGGUUACAACAAUUUAUUCGAAAGUACUACGCGCCUACCUUACUCGGUAAGAAGGUCAAAGUUCUCGUUGUCGCCAUUUUCCUCGGCCUGCUUGCUGCUGGUGUUGCUUUGAUUCCAUAUGUUCAACUUGGAUUAGACCAGCGAGUCGCUUUACCCGACGAUUCUUAUCUCAUUGAUUACUUCAAUGACAUGUACAAUUACCUGGAUACUGGCCCGCCCGUUUACUUUGUUACCAAAGGCGUGAACGUGACCCAGCGCGCUGGACAGAGAGAACUUUGCUCUCGCUUUACGACGUGUGAGCAGCUAUCGCUCACAAAUGUGCUCGAACAGGAGCGGAAACGGCCCGAUGUGUCUUAUAUAUCCUCCCCGACUGCUAGUUGGCUUGACGAUUUCUUCCUCUGGUUGAAUCCCGACUUUGAGAACUGCUGCAAAGAUGGCCGCCGGUCUUGCUUUGCCAAUCGGGAUCCAGCCUGGAACAUUACCCUCAACGGCAUGCCUGAAGGUGAUGAGUUCGUCCAUUACCUACAAGAAUGGUUACAUUCCCCGACCACCGACACGUGCCCUCUAGCUGGCCAGGCUUCCUAUAGUCAAGCUGUUGUUGUCGACGAUGAAAAGCUUACUAUUCCUGCGAGUCAUUUCCGCACGAUGCACAAGCCUCUUCGUAGCCAAGACGACUUCAUCAAUGCUUACGCGUCGGCUCGCCGUAUUGCAAACGAAGUCAGCGCAAAUACGGGAGUCGAAAUAUUCCCCUACAGCGUCUUUUACGUCUUCUUCGACCAGUAUGCUAGUAUCGUCAACUUAACCGCCACACUCCUUGGCUCUGCGGUGGCUAUCAUAUUCGUCGUUUCCUCUAUCCUCCUAGGUUCUAUUGUGACGGCACUUGUUGUCACCCUGACUGUCGUUAUGACUGUCGUGGAUAUUAUUGGCGCGAUGGCAGCCUUCAACGUCUCGCUCAACGCUGUUUCGCUUGUAAACUUGAUUAUCUGCGUCGGUAUCGCUGUCGAAUUCUGCGCCCACAUCGCCCGCGCCUUCAUGUUCCCGUCAGGAUCCGUCAUGGAACGUGCUAAGAACCGUUUCCGCGGCCGCGAUGCCCGAGCCUGGACGGCGCUCGUCAAUGUCGGCGGGUCGGUCUUUAGCGGUAUCACCAUUACAAAACUACUAGGUGUCUGCGUUCUGGCCUUUACUCGAUCCAAGAUCUUCGAGAUCUACUACUUCCGGGUAUGGCUCGCGCUCGUCGUGUUCGCGGCUACGCACGCCCUUAUCUUCUUGCCGGUCGCCCUUUCGCUAGUCGGCGGGGAGGGCUACGUUGACCCAGAGAGUGAGGGAGGCCUCGCUGAAGACCUAGCGAGCAGACGGUGGUACAGCGUAAUCAACAACCCGGACGACAGCGAUUCUGGCGAGGAUGGCGAAGAUGACGAAUAAAUUAAAAAUAGAUAUAUAACCGCAAGUAAGAUACGGGUAGGAUUAAUUUACAGAGCUAAGCAUAUCUUCUCAGGGUAACAGGAACUAGCAGAUUGGUUUGAAUUUCGGGUAGCGUUCUGUAUAAUAAUUGAAAAAUAAUUGAAAGAUGUUAGGCUAAUAUGUAGAACAACAUGGAAGUUUUGCUUGAGACCA